GGCUUCUUCAAGGCCUUGUAUUCUUCUGAAAUGGCGGCCUUUUUAGCUAUAAUAGUCUACUAUUUAGUUCUUCUGCAAACACCCACCAACAUAUUUGCGGCUAAGGAUGAAGAAGAGUGGAAAUCUGCUACUGCAACAUACUCCAAAGAAACAGAUGGGUCAAUUGUUACAGAAGGUGCUUGUGGUUAUGGAGAUCUGCAUAAGGUAAGCUAUGGAAAAUAUAGCGCUGGACUGAGUAGCAUGAUGUUUAAUAGAGGGAGUACCUGUGGAGCUUGCUAUGAGCUUAGAUGUGUUGACCACAUCUUGUGGUGUUUGCAAGGAAGCCCGACUGUCAUUCUAACGGCCACUGACUUCUGUCCUCCCAAUUACGGCUUGUCUUCGGAAUAUGGUGGUUGGUGUAAUUUUCCCAAGGAACACUUCGAGAUGUCAGAAGCAGCAUUUGCUGAAAUAGCGGAGAAAAAAGCAGAUAUUGUGCCAGUUCAAUAUAGGAGGGUGAGGUGUGACAGAAAUGGUGGAAUGAGAUUCACAGUCAGUGGGAAUUCUCGAUUCUUUCAAGUUCUGAUCACAAAUGUUGGAAUGGAUGGUGAAUUAGUGGCAGUGAAAGUAAAAGGAUCAAGAACAGGAUGGAUACCAUUGGCAAGGAACUGGGGACAAAACUGGCAAAGCAAUGUCAAUCUUCAUGGGCAACCUCUCUCUUUUGAAGUUACCUCUAGCAGUGGAAGAGCACUUACUUCCUAUAGCGUUGCACCUGGAAACUGGCAGUUUGGGCAGACAUUUGAAGGGAAACAAUUUUGAAAUCUUUAUGUAACUAAGGAAUUGGAAUCAAAAUUUUAGGCCUAUAUAGAAUAUAACUAGAAACUUGAACAUAAUUAUACUGGCAUGUUGAAUCUCAUGAUGGGAAAAACACA